AUGACUGCCCUUACUGCAGAUCCUCUUCCUGACUUAACAAGCCAGCGAUACUUUGCCAACAGGCACUCGGCCAUCCCGGCUGGCUUCACCUCCUCAAAGCAUGCUAUCCGAGCAACAGCCAAGCGCAUAGCGCAGUCGAAGAAUCAGCAUGCUUGCGAAGUUGCUGGUGUAAAGUGCAUCGACAGAGAGUGGCCCCACCACAAGGCCAAGUUUGCCGAUGGACGAUGCACUUAUACCCAGGACUCCAACCUUACUGCAAGACACCACUUUGAGCACUUCCUCGACUGCGCCGUUGACAAUGACGAGCUUCGCGUUAACAACCCGGCUCGCCGUCGCACCAACAAGGCAGACCAACGCAAGGGCACAGAGGAUGACAUUUCUCUGGCCAGGAGUAACGUCCCUCUGCCAUCCGAUGCCUCCCGCCAGCGCCGCCCUUCCUUUGAACGAGAGGAUGCCUUUUACGACGCAUCUACUGCUAGCCGCAAGAUUCGCAUUCGCAAGGCAGUCCCGGUAGAUGAAGAUGCGCAAAUUGCGCAGCUCUAUGAAGCCGGCCUUCUUUACGAUGAGAGCCGCGGCUCGCAACCCCUCACGCUCGAUAACAUUGCUCAUGAGGAACCCACCUAUCCCAUUCGAAUUAUCAAGAAGGCUCGCAAGCCCAGCAAGCGCAGCCAUGCCAACCUUGACCGUCAUCAACUGACACUUGAUCUCUCCUUCACCAACAUUGGUGAUGACGAGCAGAUCAUCUCACUGGCGUCUUCGCCAUUUGACGAGACCAUUCAACAUGCGUCUUCGUCUCCACCCAUGCGCGUCAUCUACGAACUGGGGUCACCCUCGUCUAUCGACAUUGACGCCUCUCAGCCUCCCGAUCUCAUGUACGAGUACGAUUGCGUCUCCGAUAUGGAUCUCGAUGAGAUUCCUUCGCAGGAAGUUGCUAGCGAUGAACACGCCGACCCUCCUUCUGAUACAUGGGUUAUGCUGGGUGACGGCUUGUAG